AUGAAAGUGCUCACCCCCCCUCACCCCGGAACCAGCCCCCUGCUCACCCCGCGGCCCCCUCUCGUGUCAGACUCGGCGGCGCAUGCUUUGAUGGCAGAGGGCGAGCAUGCAACGGGGGGGGGUGGGGGGGGGGGGGGGGGUGGGGGGGGGGGGGGCGUAUGUACACGAGCGAGGAAGGGAGGGGCCCUGUUCACAUCUGGCAUUCAAAUGACACUGUGCAGGCGUUUGGAACUGAAGGCGGUUCCCAAGCAGAGGUCCCCGUACAGAGACUAA